UAACAAUCAGGUUAUGCUCUACAUACAUGUAUUUGAUUGAACUUAGCAAUCGAUACCCUAUUUAUAUACAUUUUCUAAAUAGAUUUCUGAUAUCAUUUCGAAAAUAUUUAUUUUUAUGACUGUUUGUGUAUGUCCACCAUAGCUACAUACAAACAGAAAGCACAUGAAACGUGUCUUUAAUGAAUUUUCAGGAUAAGUUUGCAUUUUUCUAGGUAAAUAAUGAAAGUACGGACAUUUAAUUAGAAGAGGCGAAUAAAGAAAGUUUAAUUCAACCGGGAAUGUAAACAAACCCUUUUCUCGACUUCGUCUACAAAAAGAAAAGAAGAAAUCAUGCAGAACACUGAUUACUUACCAAAGAAGUACGACACUGGACAAAAUAGCGGAGAUGACAGUGCAUUUUACUCUUUGUGUGCUACACAUACGACAUCAAAUGGUUCAGAUGAAUCUGAUUAUUCAACGAAUGAGUUAGACAGUGAUGACAACGAGACACAGGAAAUCAGUAUAGAAUCGCUUCAGUUAAAUUACACGUAUCUCCUAGACCAGAUGGAGACUGAUGGUGUGCUUGACAAAUUACACGAAUCAAGGUUAUUUGAUGAUGCGUUUUUUGAAAUGUGUAAAGAAACACCAAACAGGAGACGCCGUGUCGAUUUGAUCAUCAAAGAGAUUGAUAGCAUUGCAAAAGCGAAAUCAAAUAGCGUUUUAGACCAUUUUGCCGUAGCUUUGGCUAUUGAUCAACCUUUCAUUCUUGACAAAUUAAAAGAAGAAUCAAGUAAAGAGAUAGCUAUGGGAUAUGCACAUAAACACAAAAAAUUCAUCACGUUGAUGCGUAGUCGUAUUAUUCGAGAUGUUGAACCAAGAAAAUUCAUGCACAUGCUCGUAACAAACAAGACUCUGUCGCUGAAAGAUCAUGAAGAUAUUAUGCGUCUGAUGCACAGAAAAGACCAAGUAAAAGAACUUUUGGCCAUAGCAAAUGAAGGAAAUAGUAGGUCGGCAAAAGUAAUACAUGCGAUUAUUGAAGCAAGCCCGAAACUUUACAAAGAAUACAAGUUGAAAGCGCAGAGAGGAUCGUGUCAAUCAUUAAGCUCAUCUGUAGGUGCAGCAAUAGAAAUAAAAAUGAAUGUCAGGAGCAAGAAUAUGUCAGACACAAAUCAGCAGUUUACCAUGAUUGAAAAACAAGUAGUUGACACAUACAAUAGUGUAGAGCAAGAAAACCAUGAUGAUAUGUUGAACGACAUGGUAGAAGAAUGCAGAUGCAAGUUUGAAGGACUGAAAAUAUCUAGCAUCGUGAUUCAAUUAUUAACUUUAGACGAUGAUUCAAAAGAAAAGAUCUUGUCCAAAGUAAGGAAUGGCAAGCUGGUUGAGUGGUUUAUUUCAAUGCUAGACGAAAACAAUCUAAAUGCUUUGAGGCAAUUUGGCAAUGUUCAAUUGGAAAUCAUAAUUUCAGAGGAUAUAGGGGGUAACUUUAACAGCCUAAUUUCUUUAAAGGACUGCCUUUGUAAGGUAGACAGAAAGUUUGUUGUUGAGAACAAAAAGAGACUAAAGGAAAUAAUAGCUGAUGAAACAUUUUUAAACCAGCUGUUGGAACAAAUUGGUUUGACGACUUCAAACAGUACACUACAAAAUGAAAAAGGAAUAACUGACAAAAAAUUGUCUAUACGAGUAUUAGAUCUUUUGGAAGAUGGAACUGCUCCACGAAUUGCAUACUGCUUGAUAGAAGAACAUAUUAAAUUGAAGGUCCCAUCUGCUGUGGGGCUUUUAACCAAGUCGGGAAAUGGAAAUACACAAACAGUGCCAUCUAAGUCGGAUAUUGACUUGCAUAUCGAAUACUUGACUGAAGAACUUGAGAUUCAAAGUUUCACGCCAAUAUUAAGUACAUUGAAGACAAAAUCGUCUAUGAUGCUUCUAGAUGAAUUAGAGAAAUGUCCCUGUAGACGAACCCGCAUAGUCAAAUUUCUCGAAUUUCUUAAGCUUCAAGAAGAUAUAACCUGGUUUUGGACAGAGGUUAAGAAAAAACAACACUAUAUUUUCGACACAAUAGCGUCCUCAACAAGCCAUAGCAAACUCAAAGAAGAUCUUCUUGCUGUUAAAUUAAUGAAUGACACCAUAAUAGAAGAGGUAGAUCCAACUCUACUUUGGCAAUACAUGGACGAGAAAUCAGCCGAAAAGCUUGGGAAAAUUGAGUUCCGAAACAUUACAAGCAGGAAACGUCAGACUCAGUAUAUGUUGAAUAGAUUGUCCUUGGCAAACAUCUAUGAGUUCAUGAAAACAUUACGUCGUUGUGGGUAUGAAAACUUAUAUUCAGAGAUUGAUGCUGGGUCGUUAUCAGAAAGAUAUGUCUGUCCUCGAUUACAUGAACUACAUGGAAAAGGAAAACGUAUUUUCAAGGGCCAGUUUGACAUUGACACAAGGUGCAAGGAAAUGGUUGACACCAGCAGGUCGUUAUCAGAAAGGUAUGUCUGUCCUCGAUUACAUGAACUACAUGGAAAAGGAAAACGUAUUUUCAAGGGCCAGUUUGACAUUGACACAAGGUGCAAGGAAAUGGUUGACACCAGCAGGUCGUUAUCAGAAAGGUAUGUCUGUCCUCGAUUACAUGAACGACAUGGAAAAGGAAAACGUAUUUUCAAGGGCCAGUUUGACAUUGACACAAAGUGCAAGGAAAUGGUUGACACCAGCAAGGGCAUCGCGUGCCAACCAUGUCGGUAUCCCAGCUUUAUCCGGUCAUCUUUAAUCAGUUCGCAUGCCAUUGGUAAGAAAUUUCUAUUUAUCGAGUUGAUCCACUAAGAAAAAUGUCCGUCAUUAAUUUAGUAAAACUGUUAAAAGAAUAAAUAUGCGAUGUAUAAUAUCCGAUAUAUUUUACAUGAAUAUAUACGCUUAAGAUAUUUUUGUUUCGGCAUUCCAACACAAACCAAUCACAGAUGGGUUUUUUUUUUUCAGAAUUAUCAUUUUACUGCAAAUGCGUAAUAUUAAACCUUUUUCUCUUUGUUGUUAAAAAAUAAAACUCUCUUUCGUCCAGAUUUUUGAAAUUCUGUUUGAACUCUACAGAAGUCCGUUUAUAAA